AUGUUUUACAGUCACGAAAUCCUAACUAGUCGCCAAUACGGCGUUGCUACCAUCUGGCAAGUUGCUCAGAGCCUGCCAGCUUUCACAUUGGCGCUUGUUGCCACCACCAGCAACACGUCGGGUACAAGAAAAGUAACUCGCAAGGCCAUACAAGAGGUCGAUGUACAAAGAGCAUGCGAGAAAAUACUCGAGCCAGGAGCACCCAUUGCGUUGCGCCUCCAAGGUAACCUUUUGUAUGGUGUUUCGCGCGUGCACAGCCAGCAGUGCGCCUACUUAGCUGCAGAUGCCAAGAAGGUCCAAGAUCAGAUGAGGUUCUUCUUCAAAGCAUUUCCCAACAAUCAGCUAGACCCUGAAGCAGGAAGAGCUAGACCAGAAGACAACUUGGUUGAAGACGAUCGCGCGUUUGAUCCCAACAUGCCGCUACCGCAGUUCAACCCAGAGACUGUGCUUAUCAGCCAUUUCAGCACCCAAAAGACGUCGUCUCAGAUGUCCCCCAAGAGUUCUCAGCUUUCGGGCUCUCAAAGCCCAGGGCAGGGCUUCAUGAUCCAGCUUGAUAUCGAUCAUUCGAGUUCACUGGACUAUCACAGAUCUCCCCUUGGGCUCGGCAGCCUAUCUUCGAUGCAAAAACCAGACGAUGAGCCACUUUUAUUGCCUCAAAAUGACAACGAUAUGUUUAGUACACACGGCGAUUGGGGUAUUGAAGUUGACGAGCAUGGAAAUAUCGUCGAAUCAGCAGGGCCUGUCAUGGUAGAUGAGGAGCCACAACUUCCUCACUUGCCACCCAUCCAAGGUCAAAGUGAUGUGCUUAACGUUGCUGCAAAGCUCGAUGAAGUACAUCUAUUUGAUGACGGGGAUGUAAUUAUGCAGGAAGAGCCGCUUCCAGAAGCAGAACCCUUUCCCGAACGGCAAGAGCAUAUACCAUGGCGGAAUGACAACAAAUCUGCCCGGCAGGUGUCAGCUCGUAAACAGAGAAGGUUACGGAUUGAUGAUGAGACGCAAAUUUCCCGAAGAACGCUUCGCAACUGGCAGUCGCACUACGUAGAAAACUGCGGUCCCAAACUUACUCAUUCCAUCCCGGCAGCCCAAGCCAAAAGAAAUGCGAUGAUUCUUACGUUCGGGCUUGGAAUUGGUAACAUCGGCCAGCACAUUGGUGUGCCGGGGUAUAUUCACCCUUUAGCUGUUGAAUUUUCUGGGGAUAAGCUAUUCACGACUAUCACGGGCCUUGAGAUCAUGAAGCCACGUGGUAGGCGUCGCACUGCAUCGCAGGCAGUUGAGGAAAAGGAGCAAGAGGAAGAACGACGGGUUAGACGAAGACUGAUAGAGGAUGGUGAGGAACAGGAACAGGCCAGAGCUGCUCAAGAGGAUGAACUUUACAAUUUCGAUGAUCCCUUCGCUGAUGAAGCACUCCCAGAAGUUGGCAGAGAAGAAGAGCGCGCCAUGUCGGAUCAUCUAUCUUCUACGCUUUUGCCUUGGAAUCGUGGCUCUUCGGCAAUUCCUGGCUCAUCCGUCCGCGCCCCUGCUUCGGCUCACAAGGGUCGCGACCUCUCUAGCCCUCUGGGUAGGCGCGACAACCCCGAAGAUAUCGCACGUUACAGCGAUGAUGUGCUCAUGGGUGGGUUUGGAAGCGAUGGAAAUUUUGGUGGCGACUUUGGAUCGGCAUAUUCUUUCGAGGGAAUACCUGACUUUGACUUUGAGGGCCCCCCGAAACUCAACGGGCAGUUUACCGCUACAGAGGUACAGGCGGAGAAUGACGACCUCUUAGCACACCUUGACAGAGAGGGAUAUAAUUUCUUCAAUUUCGUCCAAAACACUAUCGAUCAAAAUGGCGAGCGCCGACAGGACGAAGAUUUCGACAUAAACCGUAAGUGGCUUGCUUUCGAUGACAUGUUCAUACCAAGAGAUACGCCACGAUUCGUGGCUGCACAGGCCUUUUACCACACGCUCUGCCUUGUGACCAAGGGUAGAAUGUACGUUGAACAAUACGACGCUGACCACAUACCGUUCGGGGCUAUCUGGAUAGGGAUGAAGACAGUCGCUGCUGCAGGUUUUUUGAGGAAUUUCUAA